AUGUUGGUGAUGGUCGAAUGGGUUUCCAGGUUCAGCAGCUCGACGUUCGCCCAAGCCAACAUUUUCGCCGUUCUUCCUAAAGGAAUCGUUUCGCUGCCCAUUUCGUCCUGCCACAUGAUCACAACCUGCUCAGAAUGUGUUGCAUCACCCGAUCCAAUGUGUCAGUGGUGUCCUGCAGCCGGCAAGUGCACAACCGCAGUGCACUGCUCUUCACCGUCUGUGAGCGUCUGUCCGCUACAGAAUGGCCCGCCGUCACCUGCAUCACUCUCGAUUGAUGAUCUUCGAAAUAUAUCUCUUCCCAUCAAACAUCUCCCUCAACCUGAUGGCUUUUCAUACGUGUGCAUAUUUGGUUCUUCGUCAAGUGCGGCCUCAUGGACGCAGCAGGGCGUCUCCUGCGCUCUCCCAUCACUUCGCUCGUCAUCAGAUCUGCCUUCGUCACUUACAGAACUUCUUGCACUCAGCACAUCCACCAGUUCCUACCGUAUCGUCGAAUACAACUUCACUAUUUACAACUGCGGUGCUUUCAUGACGUGA